AGCUUCAGGGGCGCUCACGUUCUACGACUAGACGUAAAUUGACUUUUGCUCAGUCGCAUUUGCAAUCUCGAAGUGAAUAGUCGUUCAUCAAAAAAAUUCUCGUUCGCUCUCUUUUUUUCUCAACGCUCAAUAUGAAAUCCAUUGUGAUUCUUUGCUCAAUUGUGCUUGGCCUCAUGCUGCUGAGCUGUGAGACACACGCCGCUGACUGUGAUGCGUCCAGGGAUCCCGAGGACAGUGACUUCAAGAACUUCUUCAAGAACAUUGGCUGCAAGGUGUCCCAGGGCGCCGAGCAAGUCGUUGAGGCAGCCAAGCCCUAUGCCGAGAAAAUCGGUGAGGGCGCCAAAGACUUUGGCAGCACCGUUGCCCACAAAUACGAUGAACUGAAGCAUCGUCUCACCGAUGAUGCAUCCACACCCAAGGCCACAGUGACCUACGAUGCGCCCACCGAGCGUGUUCCUCUGGCUCCAAUUGCUCCCGGCAUUCCAGCAGAGCUGGCCAACCCUCAACCAACUGCUGGCUAAAUCGUCUUUAAAUUCGUCGCUCCAAGACUUAAAACGAAUUUUAGUUUUGUGCUUCGCAUCUUUGUAUUAUUUGUUGCCCAAUAAAUUCGAGUGAUCUUGAAAGUUGUAAAUUGA